AUGUAUGUUGCACAACAGACGUCGAUCAACAACAACAAAAAACAAAAAUGUGGUGGUGGUGGUCAUCAAUCGAAUGGUGAUUCCGGUACAAAUGGUACAACAACAGCAACGACAAAAACAACAGGUGCAUCAGCAGCAGCGGCAGCAACAACAACAGAAACAUCAUCAACGGGAAAUGGUCAUCAACACCAACAGCAACAACAACAAUUUACCGAUGCAGAUUCAAAUAGCGGAAAUCCUAGUUCAAAAGCAUUUGUACCAUGUAAAGUUUGUGGUGAUAAAGCAUCGGGUUAUCAUUAUGGUGUAACUAGUUGUGAAGGAUGUAAAGGUUUCUUUCGUCGUUCAAUACAAAAACAGAUUGAAUAUCGUUGUUUACGUGAUGGUAAAUGUUUAAUAAUACGUUUAAAUCGUAAUCGUUGUCAAUAUUGUCGAUUUAAAAAAUGUUUAGCUGUUGGUAUGUCACGUGAUUCUGUUCGUUAUGGUCGGGUACCGAAAAAAUCCAAAGAAAAAGAACGUUUAGAUGAAAAUAAACGUGUUACACAAGCCGAAGCUGAUCAAUCAUCAAAUGGUGAUAAUGAAUCAAAAGAUUUAGCUUGUUAUGAAAUUGCAUUAACAAUAUCACAAGCACAUCAUGAUAAUUGCUCAUAUACAAAUGAAAAAAUUAAAGGAAUUAAUAAAAAACCAAUAUAUCUUCUAUCAACAAGUCAAUUAAAACAUGAAACAGAAACCUGUUCAUCACCGGAUAUUGGUUCAGUAUCGGAAAGUUUAGAAACACAAAAAAUUGAAUUAUGGGAACAUUUAGCAUUAUUAAUAACCCCGUGUAUACAACGUAUUGUUGAAUUUGCAAAACGUAUACCCGGUUUUUCUGAUCUAACACAAGAUGAUCAAUUAAUCCUAAUAAAAUUAGGAUUUUUUGAAGUUUGGUUAGUUCAUAUAUCAAAAACUAUUGAUUUUAUUGAAAAUACAUUAACAUUUGCUGAUGGUUCAUUUCUAAGUCGACGACAAUUAGAAUUAAUGUUUAAUCAUGAAUUUGUUGGUAAUCUAUUUCAUCUAAUGUCCGGAUUGAAUAGUUUAAAUUUGACGGAUGAAGAAGUGGCCCUAUUUUCAGCAAUCAUUAUUCUUCAAUCAGAUCGACCACAAAUUUAUGAUGUAAAAGCAAUCAAUAAAAUACAGGAAACAAUAAUUGCUGCAUUAAAAUUUCAAAUAAAUAAACAUAGAGAAAAUGAAGGUUCACAAACAACAUUCCAAAAAUUAAUAAUGAAAUUAAAUGAAUUACGUGCAAUUGGUUCAAGCCAUUCAUUACAUUUACAAUGGUUUCGUACAAAUUGGUCACGUUUAAAACUACCUCCAUUGUUUGCCGAAAUAUUUGAUAUACCAAAAAUGUCAUCAUUUUCUCAACAACAACAACAACAACAUCAUCAUUCGCAGCAAUUACAACCAAUAAAUACAACGACGACGACGACGUUAAAUAAUGAUGAUGAUAAUGAUACAAUAAUGAUAUCGAAUACAUCAUUAACACAUCAGCAGCAGCAGCCAAUAAUUACAUUGAAUAAUCAAAUAUCAUCACCACCAUCAUCAUCAUCAACAUCACAAAUACAGAUACAACCGGCAACUACAACACAAACAAUUAUUAAAACUGAACCAUUUGAACAACAACAACAACAACAACAGGUUCAAAUGAUUGGUACACCAUCAUCAUUAUCAUCGAAUAAUGUUGUUGUUGUUGUUGAUCAACAACAACAACAAACAACAUCCAUGAGAAUCAAAUUAGAAGAUUAAUGAUGAUAAUGAUGAUGAUGGUUGUUGUGAAUAACCCUUUUCCAAAACACAUUAUACACGCACUUUAUUAAUUAUUGUUAUUAUAUUAACACUUCACUUCCAAUUUCCGUUUUUUUUUCUCUCUCUCUCUUUUUUUGUUAUAUUUUUUCCAUAUAAAUAUUAUUAUCUAUGUAUGCAUGG